AAUUUUAGGUAUGGGGAAAUUCCCGAGAGACAGGAAGCAGAGGGCGGGGCAGACGAACAUUCAGAUGUUGGGGGUGUACCAGGGCAUUACCAUUAUCAUCAUCUUCAUCACUACAUUGGCUAUUACAGUGACAGACAGGAUGAAGAUGAACAUCCAAGGGCAGACAACCCAUACAAGCCAUACUCAGACACACCCCAUUCUCAAGGAUACCAACACACUCUACAGUCAGACCAAGGUUAUGUCACAAAUUCUACCUCAGUUUCACAUGGGCAUCCUGUUCAUGAUACCCCAGUCUCAACAGGGCAUCCUGUUCAUUCUUCACAAGAAUAUCCUGUUCAUGAUAAUGCUCCAGAUAAGGAUUUCAAAGGAGAAUACAAGGUUACUUACAAACGUAGAGAAGACCAUGAAGAAAAUGAAAGUGAAGAGGAAGUGCCAGAGGUCAAAGAGAAAAGACCAAAAUUAG